AGCAUUUGGUGUGCAGACGCGGUGGUGUCGGUGUCGUUUUGGUUUUGUCGGCGGUUGCUAAACACAAUUUAAGUUCACUCGGUUAGCAGACAUUACAAACACAUCUAUACGCAUACGCAAUGUGGUGCACAGACAUACGGACAAGUACUGGCCAGAAGAAUCCAGAAAAAAAGCCACAAAAUACACCCAUCGAACGUUCGUUGAGUCGCGUUCAGUUUAUUUUAUUCGUGCUGUGCUUGUGAUCUGUGUUUGUCUGUGUGUGUGUGGAUUGGAUUUGCCAAUUUUAGUCGACUGGCUCUCAGUUUCGAACUUAAACUUAAAGAGCGAGCAACGUGACGUGUCGCUGAAAUUCGCGCACAACUUCCUACAAAAAGAAAUCGGCAAAAAAAACCGAAACUUGUUUUUUUUUUUAAUUUGUUUUUUUUUAUUGUGCAUCCUUCAAUGUAUGUGUAUGUGUGCGUGUGAGUGCGAAAAUACAAAGCAAGAAAAGAGAGGGAGAGCGCCGGCUAAGCGAGAGAGAGAGCAGCUGAUUUUCGCCGGCAAGUGUAAGUGUGUCAGCUGUUUCUCAAGCCCUCUCUAUUAACAGAGCGUCAGAGAGAGAGAGAGAGAGAGAGAGAGAUGGAGCGUUAGUUCCGAGCGAACAUGUUAUGUCUUUAACGCCGUCUCCUUGUGCUGCAUUUGCUUUAGUAAUGCAAGAACAACAAAUGCAGCCGUCAAGCCUGCAAAUACAAGAAAUACAAAUGCAAAGACAACAGAUCGAAAUAAAAAAUAUUCAGCAACAACAUCAACGGUGGAGGAUUGAAGAAGAACCGCCGCAAAUACAACAAACAAUUCAACGAAUACCACAAAUACAGCAGAUACAACGUAUGCUAAACAUAUCAUCAGCACGGCAGGAAAUAUUACCAGCGAAGCUUGAACAAAUACCGGAAGAAUUAGUGCAAAUAUCGCAGAAAGCAUUAAAAAAACAACAAGAGACAACAGCAACAAUUAUACACCAAAUAACAGAAUUUAAACCAUUUCAAAAAAGUCCUAUAAAACAACAAGAAAAACAGCAGCAAACAAAAAUACCAAGAAAACGGAGUGCAACGAUAACCACGACGACGGCAGCAACGGGCAGCAAUAGCAGCAGUAGUUGCAACAACAACAGCAACAGCGGAGGCUACAUAAUGUUAGCCUCUGCCGGCGCCUCUGCCGCCGCCGCUCGCAAACGCAGUCGCAGCGCCAGCAACGGUAGCAAACGCAACACUGGCGGCGGCCGCAAAUUAACGAAGAGCAUGUCCGCCGGUGCUCAGUUGCAGAUGGCCCCGCAGACUACUUCGGCCCUAAGUCACCACCAUCCUAACCAGCAGCAACAGCAGCAGCUGCAGCCACCUCAGCAGCAGCAGGCCCCGCCCCCGCAGCAGCAGCAACAACAGCAGCAUUUUGCGAAUCAUCACAACGCCCAACAGCAGCAGCAACAGGAGCAGCCGAAUCCACAGCAGAUCCUUGCUCAGCAGCAUCUGCAGCACCUGCACAAGCAUCCACACCAGCUGCAGCAACUGCAUCAACAGCAGCACUUCCACCAGCAGCAGCAGUCGCUGCAGGGACUGCACCAGGGUAGCAGUAAUCCGGAUUCGAAUAUGAGCACUGGCUCCUCGCACAGCGAGAAGGAUGUCAACGAUAUGCUGAGUGCUGCCGGAGCUACGCCAGGAGCAGGAGCUGCCCUUCAGCAGCAGCAACAGCAGCAACAACAACAUCCCGCCUUUCCACCCACAUUGGGUAUGCAACAACCGCCGCCGCCACCACCCCCGCAGCACUCAAACAAUGGAGGCGUAUCCGCGGAGAUGAGCUACAUGACGGCAGCCAGCACAACGACGACGUCUGUGGCGGCAGUCGGCAAGCCACGCACUCCGGCGGAACGGAAACGGAAACGGAAAAUGCCUCACACCGCUGAUGAGGCGGGGAGCGGCGGAGGCUCCGGAGGUGGAGGUGGCAGCGGUGGGAUCGCAGGAGGCGGCGGCACUGGAUCCGGAGGAGUUAACAACUGUAGCCUGAAGGGCAAAUCCCUAGCCUUUCGUGAUAUGCCCAAGGUGAACAUGAGCCUGGGUCUGGGAGAUCGCCUUGGCGGUUCAGCAAGCGGCGGAGGAGGCGGAGCUGGUGGUGGAGGAGCCGGCAGCGGAGGAAGUGGAGCUGGAUCCGGGUCUGGCAGUGGUGGCGGCAAAAAUGCCCGCUUGAUGCCCGGCAGCGACAACAAGAAAAUCAACGACUACUUCAACAAACAGCAGCCUGGCGUUGGUGUCAGCGUCGGCGUCGCCGGCAGUGGGGGCGGGAACUCAGCCGGUAUCCGGGGAUCCCACACGGGCGGCGGCAGCAAGUCACCGUCAUCCGCCCAGCAACAGCAGCAAACAACGCAACAGGCGACGGGUGUGACGGCGGGUGGCGGCGUCGGCGUUGUUACCGGAGGAGCUGCUGGCAACCAAGUGCAAGUGCAGACCAGCAGCGCCUAUCUGUAUCCACCAGCUAGUCCCCAAACACAGACGCCGCAGCAGCAGCAGCAAGCUGGAGCCUCCGACUUCCACUACGUCAACUCCAGCAAGGCGCAGCAGCAGCAGCAACAGCAGCAGCAACGUCAGCAGCAGCAACAGACUUCCAAUCAAAUGGUUCCUCCACACGUGGUCGUGGGCAUGGGUCAUCCCCUUAGUCUCGCUUCCAUCCAGCAGCAGCAGCAGACGCCGCAGCAGCAACAGCAACAGCAGCAGCAGCAACUAGGACCGCCGACCACGUCAACGGCCACCGUUGUUCCAACGCAUUCGCACCAGCUCGGUUCCCUCGGCGUUGUCGGGAUGGUUGGUGUUGGCGUAAAUGUGGGCGUAGGUGUCGGCGUAAAUGUGGGUGUUGGACCACCACUUCCACCGCCACCGCCCAUGGCCAUGCCAGCUACCAUCAUAACGUAUAGCAAGGCCACACAGACGGAGGUGUCGUUGCACGAACUGCAGGAACGUGAGGCGGAACACGAGUCCGGCAAGGUGAAGCUGGACGAGAUGACGCGGCUGUCCGACGAGCAGAAAUGUCAAAUAGUUGGCAAUCAGAAGACGAUCGACCAGCACAAGUCGCAUAUCGCGAAGUGCAUCGAUGUUGUUAAAAAGCUGCUGAAGGAGAAGAGCAGUAUCGAGAAAAAGGAAGCGCGACAAAAAUGCAUGCAGAAUCGCCUACGCCUUGGCCAGUUUGUGACACAGCGGGUGGGCGCCACAUUCCAGGAGAACUGGACGGACGGAUAUGCGUUCCAGGAGCUGAGCCGGCGACAGGAGGAGAUCACCGCUGAACGCGAGGAGAUCGAUCGGCAAAAGAAGCAGCUAAUGAAGAAGCGCCCAGCGGAGUCUGGACGUAAGCGCAACAACAAUAGCAACCAGAACAACCAGCAGCAGCAGCAACAACAGCAACACCAGCAGCAGCAGCAACAACAAAAUUCCAACUCGAACGAUUCCUCGCAGCUAACCGGCGGUGUUGUUGUCAGCGGACCGGGCAGUGAUCGCCUGGGUGGCGCUGGAGCCGGCGGCGGUGUCAGCGUUGAUAGCGGCAUCGGUGGCAAUAAUGCUGGCGGAAUCGUUGGAGGCGGCGUUGGCGGCGGUGGCGUCGGCGGCGUUGGCAGUGCCGGUGUAGGAGGUGUUGGUGGCGGCGGCGGCGGUGGUGGCGGCGGCCGCGGUUUAUCGCGUUCCAACUCGACGCAGGCCAAUCAGGCUCAGUUGCUGCAUAAUGGCGGUGGAGGAUCAGGUGGUAAUGUUGGCAAUUCCGGCGGUGUUGGCGAUCGACUCUCGGAUAGAGGAGGUGGUGGCGGAGGCGGCGGUAAUGAUAGCGGCAGCUGCUCGGACUCUGGCACCUUCCUCAAGCCGGACCCCGUAUCGGGGGCAUACACAGCGCAGGAGUACUACGAGUAUGACGAGAUCCUCAAGUUGCGCCAAAACGCACUGAAGAAGGAGGAUGCCGACCUGCAGCUGGAGAUGGAGAAGCUGGAGCGAGAGCGCAACCUGCAUAUCCGAGAGCUCAAGCGGAUACUCAACGAGGAUCAGUCUCGCUUCAACAAUCAUCCCGUGCUGAACGAACGCUAUCUUCUGCUGAUGCUGCUGGGCAAGGGCGGCUUCUCCGAGGUGCACAAGGCCUUCGACCUCAAGGAGCAACGCUAUGUCGCAUGUAAGGUGCACCAAUUAAACAAGGAUUGGAAGGAGGAUAAGAAAGCUAAUUAUAUCAAACAUGCCUUGCGGGAAUACAACAUCCAUAAAGCGUUGGAUCAUCCGCGGGUCGUCAAGCUCUACGAUGUCUUUGAGAUUGAUGCAAACUCGUUUUGCACGGUGCUCGAGUAUUGUGAUGGCCAUGAUUUGGACUUUUAUUUGAAGCAACAUAAGACUAUACCCGAGCGUGAAGCGCGCUCGAUAAUAAUGCAGGUUGUAUCUGCUCUCAAGUAUCUGAAUGAGAUUAAGCCGCCAGUUAUCCAUUACGAUCUGAAGCCCGGCAACAUACUGCUGACCGAGGGCAAUGUCUGUGGCGAAAUCAAGAUCACCGAUUUUGGUCUGUCCAAGGUGAUGGACGAUGAGAAUUACAAUCCCGAUCACGGCAUGGAUCUAACCUCUCAGGGAGCGGGCACCUACUGGUAUCUGCCGCCCGAGUGCUUUGUUGUGGGCAAGAAUCCGCCAAAGAUCUCCUCCAAAGUGGACGUUUGGAGUGUCGGUGUCAUCUUUUACCAAUGCCUGUACGGUAAGAAGCCCUUCGGCCAUAAUCAGUCGCAGGCCACGAUUCUCGAGGAGAACACCAUCCUCAAGGCCACCGAAGUGCAGUUCUCCAACAAGCCAACCGUCUCCAACGAGGCCAAGAGUUUCAUUCGAGGCUGCUUGGCCUAUCGCAAGGAGGAUCGCAUGGAUGUGUUUGCGCUGGCCAGGCACGAGUAUAUCCAGCCACCGAUACCCAAGCAUGGGCGCGGAUCGCUAAAUCAACAGCAGCAGCAGGCACAGCAGCAACAGCAACAGCAGCAGCAGCAACAGCAACAGCAGCAACAACAACAACAGUCGUCGACAUCGCAGGCCAAUUCCACGGGCCAGACAUCGUUCUCUGCCCACAUGUUUGGCAAUAUGAAUCAAUCGAGUUCGUCCUAGCUGCCAACCAAGCGCAAUUCCAAUUCAUAAUUCGCAGCAGCAGGAGGAAAACUAGCUGCCAGUCAACAACAGCAACAAAAACAGAAGCAGCAACAUCAGUUGCAGCAUUUGCAACACUUGGAACUCCAGCAACUUCAUCAACUUCAGCAACAGCAGGAGCAGCAGCAGCAACUUCAGUUGCACAACAGCAGCAGCAAUUAUGCAACAACAACAACGUUGCUGGAUGCAGCAGCGGCAUAUUGCUAUGAAACUGUGAUGGAUGGAGCCGUCGUGCACUAUAACAAUAAUAAUAGCACUAUUAUUAACAACAAUAUUAUGCUGCAGACAAUGACAAUGACAACGGGUGCUGUAGCUGCAGGAGCUGGAGGAGGUAGAGUGGUCGGAGAUGCAACAACUCCAACCUAUCAGGGCAAAUACAAGCGCUGGCAG